AGACUGGGAUUGGUAUUGGUUUUGGUCUUUAUUAUGUCUGAUUUGGUGGCCCGUACGGGUCGGCUUAAGCAGCGGUAUGAGAACGGAUAUCGCCUUGUCGCCGGGUGUGUUCCAUUUAGGUAUAGAAGUUCUGAUGUUUGUGAUUCUAAUUCCGAGAAGACUGUCGAAGUCCUUAUGAUUAGCUCACCUAGUGGACCAGGCCUUUUGUUUCCAAAGGGAGGUUGGGAGAACGAUGAAACUGUUGAGGAGGCAGCUAUAAGAGAAUCAAUUGAAGAAGCAGGAGUUCGAGGAGACGUAAUGGAUUUUCUUGGGUACUUUGAGUUUAGGAGUAAGACUCACCAAGAUGAGUUUAAUCCAGAAGGAUUGUGCAAAGCAGCAAUGUUUGCAUUGUUUGUCAAGGAAGAGCUUCAUUCAUGGCCUGAGCAGAAGUUUAGAAAUAGGAGUUGGCUGUCUCUAUCAGAAGCAUUUGGGAGCUGUCGACAUGCAUGGAUGAGGGAUGCUUUGGAUUGUUUCUGCAAAUGUCAUGAGUGUGGGUUGACGCGCAAGGGACAAUUUUCCUUGAGUUCAAAACUAGAAUAAAAUAUUUUAGAUGGUUGCUAUCAGAUUAUUCAAUAAGAAAAUAUAAUAUGUGAAAGAAUAUUUUUGGAAUGAUGAAUCAUAAA